AGUCUCUCAAGCAAUGGCUCAGACCUUAAUGGCGACAACUCGUCCGUACGUUCUUCUCUCUUCCACAAGAGCGAGUCUUUAUCUCCUUUUUCAAUCUUCAAAGAGACCUUUCGCUUCAUUCUCAGCUCCUCUCGUGAGAAUCACCAACUCGAGAUGUGUAAGCGCCGUUUUGUCUCGUAAAGAGACUGCGCCGUCGUCGAUUUACGGCAAUAGGGUUUCUGGGUUUGGUGUUUUGGACAUUCGCAGCCGCAAUUUCAGUACCAGAUCCUCUCAAAUCAAUGAUGCUGGUUCUAUUGAUCAAACCCUUAUGCAAUCCAUGGAGCAAAAGAUCAAAGAACAAUUGAAUGCAGAGUCGGUUACUGUAACAGAUAUGUCUGGAGAUGGACGUCAUGUCUGCAUCAAUGUUGUAUCAUCGGCGUUUGAGGGACAAUCUGCAGUGAACAGACAACGGAUGGUCUACAAAGCCAUUUGGGAAGAGCUUCAGAACGUGGUUCAUGCCGUUGAUCAAAUGACAACAAAGACUCCUUCAGAAGUUUGAAGCGUUAAAUUUUCCAAACACUAAAAGUCUUCAAUAUCUAUAUUAUUUGAUUUUAGCUGACAAUGCUGUUUGUUUUAUCAAAAAGAAGAAAAGAACUGAUAUACAGCUUUUCGUUCUUUGUUUUUUGGUUAUUUUUCAAGUACUUGAUUGGUUCUCUUGCGACCAGCCAACACAUGUUAUGCGUUGGAGCGUUUGCGGUUACACGUGUUUGGCGUUUUGAAUCGCUCUAAAUGAAUAAGAACAAAAUUAGCGUUUGUGGUG